CCAACCAACCGAUCUGGUGGACAAGGCAAAUUUCACUCCCUUCCCCAAACAUCAUAUUUCCCAGAUCCCGACUUUGAAUCAAUAUAUCGAGCAACCCCUCGUCAGCCCAACUUUGCUCAACUUGAUUGUCCACCCGUAUGUCCUCUGCGCGCCACCUAUCCGACCUCGCGUACGAAGACCCGCCCAUCGUCAUCCGGUCUUCGCCUCCAAGUUCCUAGCGAAGCCGGCCGCUGCGACCCGUGUCCCUCAGUGUUCCUCCGACGUGGACCGACCCUUGGCCUGCGACGCUCAGCGCUCAGCCGCCCUUCGAUUCGUGGGACCAAGCUGUCGUCACAACCGCCCCUCCCACCCUCUCAACCUUCAUCUUCUUCCUCCAUCGUCGUCGUCAGGUAUUGUUCCUUAGCCGCGCAUCGUUCUCGCUCUCCGAUAACACCGUCAACCACCACGACCGAGUCUUGUUGCUUUCGCACGUCGCAUCAUUAUUUCGCCUGCGUUGGGCCCAAGCGCUCCGCCGCCUAAUCGCACCUGGCUACCUACCUACCUACCUACCUAACCUACCAUACUUUUGCCCUUACGCCGCCGUCUCUUUUGCCCAGCACAUCCGACAGCCCGCUUUCCCCGAACCACAUCCAACCUCCUGCCAAACCGGCCAUCGCGUGCCAGUCAAUCGUUCCCCCGUUCACAGAUACCACUACCCAGUCACCCUCUGACGACAACACACAAUCGCCACAAUGUCCAAGGUUAUGCGAAGCGUCAAGAAUGUGACCAAGGGGUACUCCAGCGUCCAGGUCAAGGUCAGAGAAGCCACCAGUAAUGAUCCAUGGGGCCCGACCGGAACCCAGAUGAGCGAAAUCGCCCAGCUCACGUACAACACAUCGACCGAGUUCUAUGAGAUCAUGGACAUGCUCGACAAGCGAUUGAACGACAAGGGAAAGAACUGGAGGCACGUCCUGAAAGCUCUGAAGGUUUUGGAUUACUGUCUGCAUGAGGGUUCCGAGCUCGUCGUUACUUGGGCGAGGCAGAGCAUUUACAUCAUCAAGACGUUGCGCGAGUUCCAGUACGUUGAUGAAGAUGGCAGAGAUGUCGGCCAGAACGUGCGUGUUGCCGCCAAAGAACUGACAGCCCUUAUCUUGGACGAGGAGAGGCUACGGGCCGAGAGAAGCGACCGCAAGUCAUGGAAGUCUCGCGUCACUGGUCUCGAAGAGUACGCACCCCAGCACACCAGCCCUACUCAGCCGCGCGUCCGCCGCCGGAUGAGCAACGAGGACGACACCGAGUACAGACUCGCAAUAGAGGCUAGCAAGCAGCAGGAAGAGGAGGAUCGCCGGAAAAGAGCGAGUCGCGCUGCCCACGAAACCGAAGAUGACGAUCUUGCCAAGGCCAUUAAGCUGAGCAAGGAGGAGGAUGAGCGACGCCGUCGAGAGAUGGAGGAUAAUAACGCUUCGCUGCUCUUCGACGACACUCCCGUCCAGACAACGCAACCCCAGUAUACCGGCUUCAACCAAGGUUAUCAGCAAGGAAGUGCCGUCGACUUCUUUGCUAACCCCAUCGACCAAAACCAGCUGCAGCCUCAACCCACCGGCUUCAUGCCCAAUGCCUACACGGGAUACCAGCAGCAGCCGCAAGCUACCGGGUUCCCCAACGGCUACGGUGGCGGCGGCUUUGGAAUGCAACCAAACAUGACUGAUCCCUACGGACAACAACAGCAGCAGCAGCAGCAGCAGGGCUUCCAACCACAGCCGACCGGCUACAACCCCUACGCCCAGGCACAGGUUCAGAGCCCCGUCCCCCAGGAGCCCGUUGCGCAGCCUGGAAGCAACAAUCCGUGGUCUACAGGAUCGAUGAAGCAGGGAAAUCCAAUGAAGCCCAUGCAGACAGGCUCCAACAACCCUUUCGCAUCGUCGUUCGGCCGGCCGCAGCCCCAGAGUCAGCCUUCCAUGCCAGCACUUGGCGCUCUUCCCGAGCAAAAAACACUGUCUACCUUCAGUCAACCCAGCUACAAUCAACCUAGCUUCAACCAGCUCCAGGCAACUCCCAACCAAGGCACAAAUGCCUUUGGCACCCCGCAGAAGGAGCUUACAGAGCACGAGGCCAAAUUGAAUGCUCUGCUUGCCGGGGGAGAUGGCAUGGACACAUUCGGCAACACAGGUCAAACGCGUAUCCCUGCGCAGCACACGGCUCCUGGGACGUUUGUCAACAGCGCGGGCACAGGGGCUCAGCGCCUUACGGCGGAGGCGACCGGGAACAACCCGUUCCUCCGAUCGCAGUACACAGGCAUGCCCAACAUUUCAUAUGGAGGUACGCAAAUGCCUGCUGCGACAGGUCCCGCUGGCAUUAAUGGUAGCAACAAUCCGUUUGCGGUGACGAGACCACAGCAACAGAACGCUCAGCCGCAAGACCUCAUUCAAUUUUAGGUUGUUCUUCACGAAUAAGAGUGCCUGGUCGGUGCCGUAAUCUGAUCGGCAUCAUUACAGCAGGCGGCACUCAGUGUGUUGACCAAAAAUGGGGGUGGUGUUCCUUUUUCUUUUUAUUCUUUCCCCCUGGUGCAGAUUUAGGUGAGAGGAUGGGGAUUUAGCUUGCGAUGCGGAUACAUACCCGUCAGAGUACUCAACUUGUUCCUGUUCAUAGUUGGCUGGCGGUUUGCUCCUCUUUUACAUUUACACAGCUUGCGCAUAGUGCUUUAGAACGAGCCAACUAUUAUUUUCACGGCUCUUGACCAUGCUAUUAGAAGCAAGUGCUCGAGUGUGCUUGUAAUGGCGUUAUUCUUGGAACGGUGGGUAUAU